AGUGCAUUUUCGUAAAAAACACUCACUUGUCCCUAUAAAAGCGCAUCAAUUCUCAUAAUCCUCCUCACAAAAACAUACUUCCUUAUACUCAUUUCCACUCUCUCGCACACAACAGAAGUAAUCCAAAUUCCCUUUUUCCUUUUCCUUUUCUACGAGAAUGUCAUCUCAAUUAACAGAAAAUCACCGUGAAAAUGCAGAGAUUUUCACCGAUCCAACGAUCUGCAAACAAAAAUCUCUGGAACUUCUCGAGCAAAUCAAUAUGCCAAAAGGACUUCUCCCAUUGGAUGAUCUAAUCGAAAUAGGCCACAAUAAGCAAACCGGGUUCGUCUGGCUGAAACAGAAGAAGGCAAAAGAAAACCGGUUUAAGAAAAUCGGAAAACUUGUCUGGUACGAUACUGAGGUCACCGGAUUCCUUGAAAAUCGCCGGAUGAAGAAACUCACCGGCGUAAAAAGUAAGGAACUCUUGAUCUGGAUAACAGUUUCUGAUAUUUCUAUUCAGGACCCUGAAUUUCAGAAAAUUACUUUUGCUACCCCUUCUGGAAUUUCUAAGGCUUUUCCGGUCUCUGCGUUCGAGGAUUGAGGGCGGUGGGAUUGCUUCUUCAUUAGUAUUAAUAAUUUAACUACCAUUUCCUUUUCCUUUUCCGUUUUUUUUGUUUAAUAAUAUCAUUUUCUUUUUAAACUUCUGUAAUGAAAAAGAAAUGUAUAAGUGAAACUAUUUUCUCUUUCUUUUGGUGGUCAAAAAUUCAUGCACUCUUUUCG